UAUUACCGAAUAGUGUGACAUGUAACGUGUCAAGAAAAGAAACAGUAAUCUACUUGUUUUUGUUUUGUUUUUGCAGUUUAAAUGGUCAUUUGCGUACUGUUCAGUUGAUUGGCAUUUGAGUAUACAUAAGAAUAAAUGACAUCAGUAUUUGAGCGAAGAUUACCCAUCUAAUAGAGGUUUGAACAGCCGUCGAGUUACAUUUGAUCGAAAAAGUUACUGUAGAAAUGACCUCAUUUAUUCCAACUGAACAUCAACAUAAUCGCUUCAAUCCAUUGAAUGGGCAAUGGGUUUUGGUAAGCCCGCAUCGUUUACAAAGACCAUGGUCAGGCCAGUCAGAGUCCCAGGCACAGAUUGACAACAUUCCAGACUAUGAUCCAUCCAACCCCCUUUGUCCUGGCAAUAAGAGAGGAAACGGAAAGGUAAACCCAAAGUACGAGUCAACUUUUGUAUUUCCGAAUGAUUUUCCUGCGCUUCUUGAAAACACACCAUCCCCGCCACCGAGUGACGAUCCUUUAUUCCGAAUUGGAGAGGCCAAAGGAACCUGUCGUGUUAUGUGUUUCCAUCCAAAGUUGAAUAGAACGCUACCUGUUAUGAAACCACUUGAAAUCGAACGUGUUAUCGACGAGUGGAUGAACCAGUUCAAGGAGCUAAGUCCGAAGUAUAAAUGGGUUCAAGUAUUUGAGAAUAAAGGUGCUAGCAUGGGAUGUUCAAAUCCUCAUCCGCAUUGCCAAAUUUGGGCCUGUUCAUUUCUACCCAAUGAGCCGUCAAUCAAAGACAUCAAUUUGAAAAACUAUUAUGCAAAGUAUGGGCGAUCUUUGCUCGACGACUACGUUGAAAAAGAAAUAGUUCGUCAAGAACGUGUUGUUAUCGAAAACAAGGACUGGUUGGUGGUGGUGCCAUAUUGGGCUGCAUGGCCAUUCGAAACGAUGCUCAUUUCAAGGAACAAACUUAAACGCAUGGAUGAAAUCGAUGACGCACAGAAGAAAAGUCUCGCCAUUGUUAUCAAGCAACUGACGACUAAAUAUGAUAAUUUGUUCAAAUGCUCAUUUCCUUAUUCAAUGGGAUUCCACGGUGCACCAACUGGACCAUCAGCAGCCAACGAAGAUAAUUCUCAUUGGACAUUGCAUGCUAUAUACUAUCCGCCCCUUCUUAGAUCGGCUUCUGUACGAAAAUUCAUGGUUGGUUUCGAAUUGUUGUGCCAAACACAACGCGAUUUAACAAGCGAGCAGGCAGCUCAACGUCUGCGCGAAAUGGACCAAAAUAUUCAUUUCUCGAUCAAUCAAACGAUUUAAAACUACAAAAGGCCAAACAAGAAAUAAAAGGAAAAAAAAACUUAGUAAAUUCAGUAAAUACGUAUGAGCAUGAAUGGCAAAUUCUUUUUUUUAAUUGUUAUAUCAUACACAAUUAUACAUCAUACAUAAAUAUUAUCUUCGGCUUUUUUGUCGACUUUCAAUCAUUUGGAAUUCUCUAAGUAAAUAUGCAAUACUGUAUCGAAGACGAUGAAACAUAGCGAUUGGUAUCUCAAAGGUUUUGUAUUCACCAUUUUGUAACAUCAUAUGAAAAACGAUUAUUGGCUGUGCGAUUCGCUCAACACCACUGGAAUGAAAAAAAAAGAGAACAAACACAAAUAAUUUCAAUGAUUCAUGCAGAAUUAUUUUCAGUUUUCAGCGACUACCUGUCAACUAAUGAAAUAUUGAUACACCAUUGAAAGCGUUUCGGUGGAGAUCGCAUACUUUUAACAUCACAAUAGUUUAGCGUUAGAGAGUCUCUAUAGUUCAAUAAUACUUUGGUGAAGUCUCCAAUGCAUUCGUCGUUGAAACCCAUCUGUUUUAAUCCUUCACGAAGAUCCUCUUCACGAACACUACCCUUUGGCGUUCUCAGAAAUAUUUGCAUUAUCUGUAAAAUGACAGAAAACAAUUCGCGAAAAUUUUCCGGUAUCUCAAUUCCAGUUUGGGAGAGUUUUGUAAGUGCCAGAUCAAGGAUUUCGGGCGCACAUACUCGACUCUCUAUAUAAUGUACAGAAACUAUGUGAAAAAAUUGAAAUAGAAAAAAGAUUGAAAUCAGUGUGCGACAAAAACUUUGAUAGUUGAUUAAAACUCUUUGCAUUACCUUGGAUUAGCACACGUAAAACUGGUCUCGUUAGCUGUGGCACAAAAACUUCAUAGUUUGCUAGUCCUUUCAAACUUCCUUUUAGUAGCUCCGUUCGCACAGACAUUUCACCAACUUUUUAUUUGAAAUUAUUGUAAUUGGUAUAAACUCUGUUUCUAGGUCACAAAGAUGGGAAAAAAUGAUGAAUUAAAUUGUUUAUUUUCUUUGGGUAAGACGUAAGUUUGACAGUUCAAAUAGACAGUAAACUGUUCUUGUUUUAAUGUGUAUAUUUUGACAGUUCAAUUUAUGUCGAAGCAACUUGUUCGAAAGUAUAAACAAAUAAAAAACAAAAAUGGAUUCGGAUCAAAUAGUCAAUUUUUUAAAUUCCAAAUUUGAUACAAAAAUAAAGUGUUCGUGUGCCGUAGAGGAUUUUUAUUCGAUAGAAAAUCUCAUAUCAAAUGAUGAACAGAAAUGUGAUCGUGGUUUCAUGGCAUUUAGAGUGGUCAAGCCGCCAGUCUCCUUAGAAUUUCAACUUUGCUGUUGUAUUGAAUUGGUUUCGAUCAAAAUUUGGCCCCAAAUCGAUUCACUGAAAUCGACUGGCUUUGAAAUAUUUGUCAACAGUGAUAGAGUACCAGAAUAUUGUAAAAUUGGCAGCCAUUUCAAUUUGCAAGAAAACUGCAUUCAAUUCAUAAAUGAUUCAAUCAAUAAUGGCCAGUACAACCACGAAAACAGCAGCAGUCGUGACGAGCAUUUUGCUGUGGUAUCUUUCUUCCCAUCAACAAAAAAUAAACUGCGAAGAGUGAAGAAUAUAAAAUGUGUUAUAAAACAAACCGCACGUUGCGUCCCGGUCAUCAAACGACUCGAAGUUUGGGGUAAAAUUUCGAAAUUUGCGACGGAUCAACAGAAAGAAAAGAUUCAUCAAAUAAUUAGAAAAGAGAUUGAGCAAGUCGAAUGCGUGGAAACAGAGAAAACUCGUAUAAAUGGUGAUAGCAGUAACCUAACAAUAAACCGAGAGCUCAACGAAGACUCAGCAAUUCCUGAACCUUUCUUGGACACAAUCACAUUUGAGAUAAUGGCACUGCCGAUGGUCCUACCUUCUGGAAAAAUAAUCGACAAUUCAACGCUUCUGAAACACAUCGAACAAGGGGAGAAAUGGGGUCGUGUUCCAUCAGAUCCAUUUACUGGUCAACCGUUUACCGAUUCCAGAAAACCAGUGCUAAACGUUCACCUGAAAGCGCAAAUCGACUCGUUCCUGCUGAAAAACUGUAGCAUGCAAUCUGUUGCAACACUGCCGAGAACUAUUGGCUCGAUAACAAAACGGCGAACAGAACAAAGCGAAUAUACUCUUCCUCCUAAAAAAUGCCAUCAAAACGAUACUAUUGAAACACCACUAUUGCCUUCACUAUCAUCAUCGUCAUCGUCAUCGUCAUCUUCAUUUUCAUCUUCAUCUUCAUCUUCAUCAACAGCAACAGCAUCCACUUUUCGAUCAUCAACUUUAGAAGUGAAAAGCCAGAGUAUGGAUGAAGCCAUUAGAGGUGUAUUGAAAAUAGGAAAAUAUACUUCGAAUGUUCCAACAGAAAAUAAUUUGAAUAUUAAAAAAUGUUUUCAAUGUGUAGAGCUGGUUAGCAAUAAUUUAUAUACAAUAACAAUUUGUUCGCAUUUGAUUUGUAGAAAUUGUUUAGUUGAGAAGAACAUUAGCAUAUGUAAAUGCGGUAGAGGAUUUAGCAAUAUUGAUGUGAAUAAGUAUCAUCAUAAAAUAAUUUUAUGAUUAAAACCAGCGAAAGAGAAAUGGUUUUGUUGUCGUUUAAUUAAUUUAACAGUUUAUAAAAUUGUCUUAUGUCAGCCAAACGAAAUUUAAUGAAGAAAUCUGUAAUUCAAGUAAA